CUGUCCCACCCCUCCGAUGUUAGGGGACCAGCACAAGGCGGGGUUUUCACAGGCGCCAUUUUCCCCCCCUGAAACCUGCUCUCGCUUUCCUUUAUAACCUUCCAUCGUUUCAACUGUUGUUGCAUUCUUCUCGUGGCUCCCGUCAGGCAGGUAAACGUAGCUUGCGCUCGUAGCUGGUGAAGAAGGGGUGUCGCGCCCGCGCCGAGGGAACUGGAACUGUUGAUUGCACCUCUGUCGGCUCUGCUGUGUGAUAUAGUAGCAUAGGAGGCCUGAAUCGUCGCAGAUUUUUGUGGGCUCUCGCAGGGACGUGGUACUUCUCCGCUGCUGGGGCGGCGGAAUUGGGGAGUGAGCUGGGCUCCGGAGCGCUCUGUGGUCGGCUGGCUGUGGAAGUCCUGCGAGGAGUAAAGGCUGUUGGGUUUUCAUCCCACCCAGAACGCUGUAGUCUUGCUCUGCAAGUGUAUAUAUAUAACUGGUUUCAUCUGCACACCUGAGAAUAAAAGGUAAUGGAAACUGAACAACAGGAGGAGACCUUUACCAACACAGAGACAAAUGGCAAACGUCCUGCAGAAGAUAUGGAAGAAGAACAAGCCUUCAAAAGAUCUCGAAAUACAGAUGAGAUGGUUGAGUUACGCAUCUUGCUUCAAAGCAAAAAUGCUGGAGCAGUGAUUGGGAAAGGUGGCAAAAAUAUUAAGGCACUUCGUACAGAUUACAAUGCAAGUGUUUCAGUCCCAGACAGCAGUGGCCCCGAGCGCAUCUUGAGUAUAAGUGCAGACACAGAGACAAUUGGAGAAAUCUUGAAGAAGAUUAUCCCUACUUUAGAAGAGUAUCAACACUACAAAAGUAGCGAUUUUGACUGUGAAUUAAGACUUCUAAUUCAUCAAAGUCUAGCAGGAGGAAUUAUUGGUGUCAAGGGUGCUAAAAUAAAAGAACUCAGAGAGAACACUCAGACCACCAUUAAGCUCUUCCAAGAGUGUUGUCCUCAUUCCACUGAUAGAGUGGUGCUUAUAGGUGGAAAACCUGAUAGAGUUGUGGAAUGUAUUAAGAUCAUCUUGGAUCUUAUCUCAGAGUCUCCAAUUAAAGGACGGGCCCAGCCUUAUGAUCCCAAUUUCUAUGAUGAAACAUAUGACUAUGGUGGCUUCACAAUGAUGUUUGAUGAGAGAAGGGGACGUCCAGUAGGCUUUCCAAUGCGUGGAAGAGGAGGCUUUGAUCGAAUGCCUCCUGGUCGUGGUGGACGACCUAUGCCUCCAUCGAGAAGAGAUUAUGAUGAUAUGAGCCCUCGCAGAGGACCUCCACCACCUCCACCAGGUCGCGGUGGCAGAGGUGGCAGUAGAGCUCGUAAUCUUCCUCUUCCUCCUCCACCACCUCCUCGUGGCGGAGAUCUUAUGUCUUAUGACCGAAGGGGUAGACCUGGAGACCGUUAUGAUGGAAUGAUGAUGCAGUGUCAUGUGGAUGCCUGUGAUGAUAUGCAGCCCCCAGAGUUGUUUGAGGGUGGCUCUGGAUAUGACUAUUCUUACACAGGGGGCCGUGGUUCAUAUGGAGAUCUCGGUGGACCCAUCAUCACGACACAAGUAACAAUUCCCAAAGAUUUGGCAGGGUCUAUUAUUGGAAAGGGAGGACAGAGAAUCAAACAAAUACGUCAUGAGUCAGGAGCUUCAAUCAAAAUUGAUGAACCACUAGAAGGUUCAGAAGAUCGCAUAAUAACUAUUACAGGAACACAGGACCAGAUACAAAAUGCUCAGUAUUUACUGCAAAACAGUGUGAAGCAGUAUGCAGAUGUUGAAGGAUUCUAAUGCAAGAUUAUUUUUUCUUUUUUAUAGUGUGAAGCAGUAUUCUGGAAAGUUUUUCUAAGACUAGUGAAGAACUGAAGGAGUCCUGCACGUUUUUUUCUUUUUUAAAAAAUAUCUUCUGUUUAAAAAAGCCAACAUUCCUCUGCUUGCUUCAUAGGUGUUCUGAGUUUGAGGUGUAGUGGAAUCUGCUGUUCAUGACAUGCAAUGUUUUAGUUCAUUACAAAUAUUUGGGGAAGGGAAAUGUUGCACAAGAAUAACAUUUGAAACAGCAGCAGAGAGUGAAUUUCAUUUUUAUUCAUUGUUGGUGGUAAAUUGUAAUGUUUUUUGUAACUAUUGUGAACACCCUGCUUUAUGUACACUGUAAUUUUUUUUUUCAAAGACAAGGAGAAGACUGGUCAUUCAUAUAUCCCUGACAUACUUUGAGAGCAGUGUGCAGAAUGUAAUGCUUUUUUUUUAACACCUAUUUCAUGAUUUUUAAAUAAAUUUACUGAACCUA